AUGGUGAAGGAAACACAGGGUGGAAGGCUAAGGAUGGAUGGUGGUGGCAAAAGAAAGUCAUUUGACGUUGACCUGGAACCUGAGUGUGAUAGAGAUAUAGACAGCCCAGAAAGCGGUGGUUCAAGUGGAGGACAUCAAGAUGAGAAGGCAGAAGAAUUGUUAGGUGCAAUAGACAUGGAUGAUGUAAUGAAAUUAACAUUUGACACGGAAGAAGAAGCUGGGGAAUUCUAUAAUUUGUAUGCAAAACUAAGCGGAUUUAAAAUUCGUAAAAGUAAUGGCAAACGAGAUGCAGAUGGCAUUUCAAAGUUUCGAAAAUGGGUAUGUUAUUGUGAAGGAUACAGGGAUGAAAAGUGGUUUAAGUAUGAAGACUGGAAAAAGGAAGCAAAACCAAUUACAAGAACUGGGAAUGGGGCUUGCUUUCGCGUGAAAUAUGACAUAGAAUCGCUAAACUAUGUGGUGACAUCGUUCAUUGUGGAGCACAAUCACCCGCUGGCAUCAGAGGCAACCGGAGGGUACAGUAACGUGGGAUUUUGCAUUAAGGAUCUAUAUAAUCGAAUGGAUGAGGAACGUAGAAAAGAUAUUUUUAAUGGCUAUGUAGAAGGGGCACUUGGGUUCUUGGCAACGAAGAAGGAUGUUGAUGACAUGUUCUUUUAUAAAUAUCAUGUGGAUAACGAAGGAAGAUUGGCAAGGUUGGUUUGGGCAGAUUCUAAAUCCCAAGUGGACUUCAGUACAUUUGGAGAUGUGUUGGAGUUUGAUAUGACAUACAAAACAAAUAAAUACCGUAAGCCACUAGUUGUAUUUGCAGGAGUAAACAACCAUUUGAACAGUACUAUUUUUGGAUGUGCACUGCUAUCAGAUGAGAGGAUUGAAACAUACGAAUGGGUCCUAAGUACAUUGAUAGAGGCUAUGGAUGAUAGAAAGCCAGUAGUAGUGAUGACAGAUGAGGACAGUACAAUGCAAAGAGCCAUAAAGAAUCUUUUCCCCGACCCUUGUCAUAGGCUAUAUUCGUGGCACUUGCAUAGAAAUGCAUCGAGUAAUAUUCUGUGUAAAGAGUUCAAUGACAGGUUUGUAUAA